GAUGGAGAGAGCAAGUCGCCUUAUGCAUUCAGUGGGGAUCAGUGGAUUGGCUACGACAAUGUCCAGAGCAUCGAACUCAAGAUGCAAUUGGUGCAGUCACGAAACUUGGGCGGCGCUAUGACUUGGUCCAUCGAGACCGACGACUUCCGCGGGAUGUGCGGGGAAACGUAUCCGCUGUUGAAGGCAAUGAACAGGGGAUUGGGAGUGGAUGUGGGCAACGGAGGAGGAGGUUCUGGCGGCGGUGGUGGUGGUGGUGGAACAGGCGGUGGUGUAACUGCUGCACCUACACCUAAACCGACUCCUGAAGGCGGCGGCGGCAACGGCAAUGGCGGCAACGGCAAUGGCGGCAGUGGAGGUGGAUCCAGUGAGGGUUGCACGGGAGAUGGCUACUUCUGGCAGAUUGGGGACUGCAAUCGCUUCUAUCAAUGCGUGAAUGGGGCUCGCUACGACUUCAGUUGCGGAGAGGGUCUAUAUUUUAACCCUGAUACACUCAGCUGUGGCUGGCCCGCAGAUGUCAAUUGCCCCUAUUAAGAUUCUAAAUAAAUAAAGAAUAA